CCGCUCUCCGGGCCUCACGGAUUUACGCCGGCGACAAGGGCAUAUUCUCACUCGCCUAGUGAGAUAUCCUGCAACUUGAAGGUUGAAGGUGCAGCCGUAUCCAAUCAUUUUACUGACCCUUCCCUCUGUUGGCUUACCACGGGCUCGUGAAUCCAUCCUGUGCUCUGCUCAAGCCCCCAAUUGCGUGGGUCAGCCGCAAGUCCCAGUGAAUCUGAGCCGUAAAUCGCUUUGUCUUAAUGUGAAUCUUGAGAAAUACUGAGCCUUCCUCUCAACAGAUCAUCAGCUGCAGUUCUAGCUAUAAAGCCAAAGGCUUCCGGACCCAGAGCAAACUCGCCAGGCAUAAAAAUACGGUCUUCAUUCUAUCUAUUCAGCAACCUAACCAUGCUUAACAUUGAGGAAAUUCGUGCCCUCGGAAAUGUCCAUCCAGAAUUUGAGCCUAUCAUCAGAGCUCAUAACCCAAUGCUUAACGGAUGGGAUAUGAACACUGACCUGGAAUCUUUUCGCGAAAUGAUGGCUCAGGUGAAACAGUAUCGACCUAAAUCUGACGCGGCCGCACUUUCAUAUCAGACUAAAGACUUCAAGUUUCCUCUGAGAGAUGGCUUUGAAGUUGACGCCAGAUCAUACAUGCCCGAUGGUGAUGUGCCGACUGACGGACUUCCUGGGCUUGUUGUCUUUCACGGUGGUGGCUUCAUCACAGGUGAUCUUGACACUGAAGCAGGACUAUGUGCCGAGUUCACAAAGCUUGGAGGCAUUGCUGUGAAUAUUGAUUACCGCCAUGCUCCCGAACAUGUGUUCCCCCAAGCUAUCAACGAUGCCUUUGAUGCUACUAUUUGGGUAUCUCAAAAUGUGGACAAGCUUGGAAUCAACCCGUCCAAAGGCUUCAUCAUUGGUGGUACCAGCUCAGGCGCCGACAUCUCUCUGACCAUCUCCCAUCUUUAUAGAGAAGCCGAGACCUUGCACCCUCUAACGGGUGUUUAUGCUCCAAUCACUUCUGGCGUGAAUGAUCAGACGGUCCCUGAAAAGUACAAGGAGUACUUCAUCAGCUACGAGCAAAAUGCCAAGGUCCCCGUGUUUAACGCAGAGUCGAUGAAAUUCGUUCACUCGAAAUAUAGACCUGACCCAAAGAGCCCUCUCGCAUUUCCGGUUGCAUUCCCCAGUCAUGCAAACCUUCCCAAGACUUACUUCCAGGCCUGUGGAAUGGACCCUGUCAGAGACUGCAGCAUUGUGCUUGAGCAAGUCUACAAGGACGAGGGAGUACCUACAAAGAUUGACAUCUACCCGGGUCUGCCUCAUGCGUUUUGGGCCAUCUUUCCAGAACUUGAGAUAUCGCAGAAGCGUGAGCGAGAUACUGUUGAGGGUCUAAAGUGGUUGCUGGCUGUUUAAAGGCCCCCGACGAUGUCUAUGCCAUAGACAGAUUGUUAUUGCUCAGUUUCAAUGAGUCAGACAAGCAUGUUAAAAUGUCGAAUCAGCACUGGUAGUCGUGUGUUUCCACGCGUGCGAAAUGGUUGACGGCACAGGUGACGUAGACCAGCCGUGUAAGUGGGCAAACUCAAGCAGCUGUGGCCCAAAGUGCCAAUCUUUGGAGAUCUUGGAAAUAAAGCAGAAUAAAAG